AUGUCAAUACCCGAGAGAAGGAUUGGGUUAUAUAGCCAAGGUAGCAGUGGUUGGACCUCAAUCAGGUACGAAGAACUUCAAGAAGAUGAUGUUUGGGGCGGUUUCCAUGAAAGGAAUGAAUUCCCUCCCAAGGUUAAAGAGCCAUCAUCAUCCUCUACUCUAAAGCGCCUGCCAUCUUUGACCAAAAUGAUCCCGAGAUCCAACAAAAAUCCUAAUCACGAACCCAAAAUGACCCAACACUCUGCUCCUGUUAACAUACCCGAUUGGUCCAAAAUCUAUGGUGCCACUUCACAGGCCUCCUACAAUCCACGAUUUCUAGAUGGUCAUAAUCAAGACAAGGAAGGCGAUGGAUUCGUUAGAAGUGGUUGGAACAGUGACGAUGAAGAAGACAUAGACGGCGGGGGGCAGAUGGUGCCUCCACAUGAAUGGCUUGCUAGGAAGCUUGCAAGGACUCAAAUAUCAUCUUUCUCAGUGUGUGAAGGGGUUGGGAGGACCCUGAAGGGUAGAGAUCUAAAAAGAGUGAGAAAUGCAGUAUUGACCAAAACUGGUUUUCUUGAAUAA